AAUAUAACACUUUGCUGCCCUGGCAUUGGGAAAAGUACGAAAAUAGAAGUAAGUGCAAUGUUCAAGCAAAAACAAACGACAUUUAUGAUAGAAAAAACAAUUACUUGGAACGCACCUUCUGGUCCCGUGGGAGUUUUUUUAAAGGGGCAGGGAUCAAUGAGCACACCUGUGAAAUAACGCGUCAUAAUAUUUUUGAUUUAGAAGUACGGUGUUCUAAGUACAAAAGGAUCUCAGAUACGACACACACAGGUUUGCGAUUUAUAACACAUAAAAUUUACAAUGAUGGAAGAGGGAGAAAAUACUGUAAAGUUACGACAAGUCAAACCUAUUGUUGUAAACGACGGAGUCAAUACAAAUUACGGCAGGUCGCAGACUCCAGAUAUGACGUCAGGUCAGGACAAUCCCGCAUUUGAUCUGGAGGCUGGUGCUGAAGAUCAACAAGCUAAAGCAAAUGGUAACCUCAAAGACGAGGAGGAUUAUAAUUCUUCAGACGAUGAAUAUGAGGAUGAAGUUCUCUAUGGUAACGCUUGGUCACGUGGUGUCAAAAAGUUGCAGACAGCUGUUUUUGGUGCAUUCAAUGCUUACAAUGAAAUGAUUUGGAGUUGUAUAUACGUAUGCCUGUUGACACUGUAUAUGGCUUAUUUCGUGGCUGCUAUGGUGUAUCGCUUUGGAGAUGAGGGAUCCUGGCGCCUUCUCGUAUGCACCAUUCUGUUAUCGUUUUACGUGGGCUAUUACGUCCUGCAUUCAGUGUUGGGGGACAAGAUCACUAUCUAUUUCUACUGGAGUAAACUUGAAAGAGACACUCGGAACAUAAUAUUUAAAUGGUCUUACAUCAUACUGUGUAUUCUCUUGGCUCUAGGAGCCGUUAUUUACGUCAUAGUGGAAAUCGCUCUAAAAACUCCAGAAAACCUCAUUUCGCUGUCAGGGAUGGCCUUCUUCAUCAUCGUCUUCUACAUUUUCUCUCACAAUCCUGCCAGGGUGAACUGGAGACCUGUAUUUUGGGGGUUAAUACUACAGUUUUAUUUUGCGGUCGCCAUUUUACGCUGGGGUCCUGGUUACGAAGCCUUCCGAUGGUUAGGGGACCGCGUCUCGGAGUUCCUUCUCUAUACAGAUGAGGGGUCAAAGUUCGUGUUUGGAGAAGCCUUUACCAUGCACUUCUUUGCUUUCAAGGUGCUGACUGUUAUCGUGUUCUUCAGUUCCUUCAUCUCAGUCCUUUAUUAUCUGGGGGUCAUGCAGUUCAUCAUUCGGCACAUCGCGCGCUUUAUGGCUACAGUAAUGGGAACUUCGCCCGCGGAAUCUCUGAACGCGGCCGGCAACAUCUUCAUUGGACAGAGCGAAGCACCUCUUCUGAUCCGCCCAUUCCUUUCCAAGAUGACCAGGUCCGAGUUACACGCCAUUUGUACUGGAGGGUUCGCCACCAUUGCUGGCAGCGUCAUGGCUGCGUAUAUUAUAUAUAAGGUUCCAGCAAACCAUUUACUGUCUGCUUCCGUCAUGUCUGCCCCUGCUGCUCUAGCGAUGUCCAAACUAUUCUAUCCGGAAACCCGGAAGUCCAGAGCUGGAAAGGAGGUUUACAAUAUGGCGUCUGGACAGGAGAGAAACAUCAUUGAGGCCGCCUCAAAGGGCGCGUCUCAAUCUAUAUCACUGAUCGCCAACAUCGCCGUCAAUCUCAUCGCCUUCAUCGCUCUGGUAGAAUUCCUCAAUCAGACUCUGAUUUGGUUCGGUAAUCGUAUAGGAAUGGAAAAACCAGACGAUGAGCUUACAUUCCAAUUCCUUUGCUCAUAUGUGUUUUAUCCGGUGGCUUUCCUGAUGGGGGUUGACCAGGUGGACUGCUUUGAUGUUGCUCAGCUGAUUGGAUAUAAAACAUUUAUCAACGAAUUCUAUGCGUACACAAAACUUUCCGUCUUCAUAAAAAAUCAGGAAAACCUCACAUGGUACGAGUCCUUACGUUCUGAGAAUUCCACGUUCACCGGAAGAUGGCACUUUGAGAGAAAUGAUAUUGUAUAUGAGGACUUCAACCACACACUCGUUGGAGGAGUACUGCAGGAUCGGUCGGUAGUGAUUGCGACCUACGCUCUCUGCGGUUUCUCCAAUAUCGGUUCUAUUGGAGUUAUGCUCGGUGCUUUAGGAGCCAUGGCGCCAAAACGACAGACAGCUCUUGCACAAGUCGUCAUCAGAGCCAUGAUCGCUGGAAAUGUGGCAUGCUUCAUGACGGCGUGUAUAGCUGGUUUAUUGUAUGAGCCGGGAAAAUAGAGAGAGAGAGAGAGAGAGAGAGAGAGAGAGAGAGAGGAUGAAUUCCCUGAUAUGACUUACAAUCAUUCAGAAAUGUAAACUACUAAGUCGUAGCUGUGAUGUGGAGUAAGUUUAAACUGAUGCAUGAAAUUGAGGAUGAGAGUUAGAGUUGAAUUGGAGGUAAACAGAACUCAAAAGUACAUGCAUUCAUUUUUUAAUGCUAAAUACAGGUUCAAUAUACCCUUUGAUUUUACUUCAAACAUUUCAUUACUAAUAAAAGGUAAUCAAUCAAUUAAAAUUCUUCUAGUUUUAAUUCCAUCAAUUAUGAUUGAGGGAGGAAUAGAUAAGAAUUAAAUGGGUAUAAAAAUUUACAUUUUAAUAUAAUAUUUCAUUUAAGACUUUUGUUUGUCGCGGUAUUAAUUUUAGGCGAAACCUAAAUUUGCGCAUUUCAGUUCAGACUUGUGUGGUUUACUUUUUCUAUAGAGAUAUCAUUAUGGGAUGUAAACACAUAAAAAAUUAACGUUGGAUGUAAUAAAAUAUGACAAUCACUAGAACAUGACAGAAAACUGUACUUUUUGAAGUGUUUGCCGUUUCGAGAAAAAUGGUCUUAAAGUUGGAAAGUUUUUCCAUUAGAAAAUCUUUUGGACUACAGCAACGGUUACAAUGGUAACACAUAACAAAUACUCAUUGUGACAACAGAAAUUUGUAGACAAUAGCCUUCUUCAUUUUAUACAAACCAUUUGAAAAUGUAAGAUCUUGUCAUUUAACAAAAUCUUUAAGAAUAUUGAGUUUUUUUAUGAGUCAGUUUUGGUCAAAACAUGGGUAUUCUAUUUUUAGUAACACAGCUCUGUGAAGGUGCGUCAUAUGAAAAAAUAUAUUAUCACUGAAUGAUUUCCUAUAAACAAUGUUACUAUAUAUAUAUAAGUAUCGGCUCAAUCCCUGACGGUCGACUUAUCACCCUCUGCCUGGUUUUUUUUUAUGUGGAACUACUUACAUGUAACAGACAUAUAGCUUUGUUAUGGCAGGUGAGUCAAUCAGGUAGCAGAGAGAGACAAGAAAGACAAAUGGAUUGAGAGUAAAGUAGUUUUUAAUGUAUUACUAUGCAAAAUUUACGGAAUGCUUGUUUUCAUUCAACUUGUUGGUAUAUUUUUUUUAGACUUGUAUUUUAAAAUAGUGAUUUUGAUAGCGAGUUACGAUAUAUGCUGUGUAAAAUAUUUUAAUAUGUGAGUAGACGCUGCAUAUCUAGAUUUAGAUAUGUGUGUGUUUAUACAGGUGCUAUUUUUAAUACUAUAUACAGGGAAAUAUUCGCUCCCUUUUAUUUUCGUCCCUUUCGCCCUCUUUGUCACUGGGUGAAUUUAAGAAACUGUUUUCUCUCAUAUAUCCUCUUUAAGACAACUAUGUCUAGGCGAAUUUGAAACGGGGCGAAAGUGUCUGCAAGUGUAGAAAGGCGAAAAUAACACGGGGCGAAAAUAACCCGGUGUACAGUAUGUUUAUACCAAGUUGUUUUCACUCGAAGAAAUGUUUAAUUGUGCGUGUAUAUUGUCUUUGUAGUUGGUGUAUUUAUUACAGUCCUUUUCACAGGUGUAAUCGUGGGUUUUUUUUCUGAAUCAAAUGUGAACGGAAAAAUGUUCCAAUCUUAUAUUAUUUCAUUUUUUUUUUUUUUUUUUUUACCGUGUUUUAAUAAAUAGUGACGGUCUUUUCUGAGACAAAGUCAAAACGUCAUGAUAUUUUAUCGGAUUCUACUGAUGAUCAAUAUUAUUUUUCUUUUUACACACAAUGUUUUAUUCUUAUUUUGACUAGAAGCUUUGUAUAGAAAUUUUCUCUAGACAACUAAUAACCUUUUAAAAACAACAGCGAAAUCAAUUUACAAAUUGGAAUUUCUACGAUAGAAAAAUUGGUUCUUUUUUUUACUAAUUGCACAUUUCUACAAUCGAAAAGUUUGUUGUUGGUUUUCUAAUUGCACAUUUUCAGGAUCGAAAAGUCUAGAUUAAUUGCACAUCGGAUACCGUGUUUAUUGAUUAUAAUAAAAAUAUUAAUCAUUAGAACUUAUUGUGCAGUUUUAUAAAUAUAUAUUUUUAUGAAAUAAAGAAGAGAAUGUAUAUCACAUGUAUACCAAUCCUUUCACAAUUUUAUACACCAAUCUGGUUCUGUCGUCCUAAACUAAUAUUUAGGGAACGAUUCCCUGCAAUCACCAUUAAGUUAGUAAAUAGUAGGAUACAAUAUCAUUUAGUUAUUUAACUAAUCAGAGGUGUUUUUAUGUCCAUUUAAUCGAAGAUUCGGAAACAUAGUUUUUGGUCUGUGGGUCUGCCUGUUUGUUUGUCCGCAUAAACUUUACCUUAGCCAUACUGAGUAAUUUUAAUACAGUUCUACUUUUUAGCUCACCUGAGCUGAAAGCUUCUCAAAAACCACUGGGCCAAUUUCAACCAAAUUUGGCACAAAGCAUCCUUAGGUAAAAGGAAUUCUAAAUUGUUAAUAUAAAGGGCCAGGCCACCUUCCAAGGGGAGAUAAUCAAGAAAAGGUAAAAAUAAAGUAGGGUAAUUAAAAAAUCUUCUCAAGAACCACUGGGUCAGAAAAGAUGAAAUUUAUAGAUAAGCUUUAUUAGGUAGUGCAGAUUCUAAAUUGUUCAAAUCAUGGCCCCGGGGGUAGGAUGGGGCCACAAGGGGGAUCAAAGUUUUACAUACAAAUAUAUAGGAAAAAUCUUUAAAAAUCUUCUUCUCAAGAACCACUGAGCCAGAAAAGCUGAUAUUUACAUGAAAGCUUUCUGACAUAGUGUAGAUUCAUGUUUGUUCAAAUCAUGACCCCUGGGGGAAGGAUGGAGCCACAAUAGGGGAUCAAAGUUUUACAUACAAAUAUAGGGAAAAUCUUUAAAAAUCUUCUUCUCAAGAACCAUUGGGCCAAAGAAGUUGACAUUUACAUGAAAGUUUCUGACAUCGUGUAGAUUCAAGUUUGCAAAAACCAUGGCCUCCAGGGGUAGGUUGGGGCCAUAAUAGGGACUAAGGUUUUACAUGCAUAUAUAUAUGGAAAGUCUUCAGAUAUGGGCCAAGGUGACUCAGGUGAGCGAUGUGGCCCAUGGGCCUCUUGUCAAACUGACAGUAUCUAUAUUCCUCAUUUAAUAGCUAGCUCAGCUUUAAACUUACAGAAAGCGAACGUUUUUCGCGACCACUUGUACACAACUCGGAUGUACGAAUUAUUAAUUGUUAUAAUUUUUACUGUCGUGGUCAUACUAUAUCUUUCACGAGUUGAUCAGUUAAUGUGUUUUGCAUUGUGGGUAUGUUGUGAAAUAAAUAUAGGUCAAAGGUGACCUAUAUUUCAUGGUUUAUACACUUUAAUGUGUCCGGAUCGCAUCUCUCAUACUGUGAUGCUUUGAACCAUCAAAUUCGGUCAGCUGAUGCAUCUUGUGUGUGUGUGUGCCGGCAACCAAACAUCGUCACUGUCGUCUGAUUUGAAAUUUUAUGGUCAUGCAUACAUGUAUAUACAAACCUCGUCCGAAUUUAUCUCAGAUUUACUAAAUAUAUAUACAAGAUAUGUGUUUAUACUAGUUUAUUAUGGCGCUUCUGGCCGCGGUGAUUACUUGCAGGGGUUACCACAGGGCUGCCCCUAAAUAACAAUCAAUCAAUCAAUACAAAAUAUGUGACGGCCCUAAAUUGGGCGGAUCAUGCACUGGGUAUGUCACAAGUGCAUGAACGUCACCAAAACAAUAAACAAUCAAUAGUAAAUACAGUUCAAUGCCCAAUAAUCAAGUAUCAUUCAAUGCCCAAUAGUCUAGUUCAAUGUUCAAAGUACAAAUUCCAAAUCAACAGUUCAAUACCAAAACAAUGUAAUGAGCUUAAGAAUGUGUUGCACUCAUCCAACUGCGUUGAGGUGUGACGGAAUACGCCACUUGCAAGGUCCAUAACUGCUUGUGUACCAGCAUAUGCAACACCACAAGCAGUUAUGGAACUGCAACCGCCACUAAUGGGGUGCCAAGAACCUAUAGUGACGGCGGCAGUACCAUAACACAAAUGGUCACCGCGGCCAGGGCCUGCUCUUUAUUAAGCUGGGUAUGCAUUACCCUGAUCCUUCAUAAAAUACUCAAUUGCUCUUUGUAGGUUAUUCAAAAACAAGUCAUUUCCACACUGAGAUAAAUGAACUCCAUCCUCAUGAAACAAGUUACAUGUAUUGUGCUUGCCCUCGAGUUGUGCAUGUUUAAUGUAUGCCCCACCCUGUGAUGUAAUAAAUCGAAUAGCCUCCCUGUUCACUCUACUUCGGGUAUUUUCCAUGGCUUUUAUGUUACUAGACUAACGCCGUACGCACCUGGGAAGGAGACAUGACCAAACUAAUUUUGAAUUGCGGAAAAGUUUCGAUACCUUUGAAAGUGCUACUUGCAGUUGCUGUAGCAGGGCUUUCAAUUGGAUAAGACCCAAAUUGUUUGCCCCACAGUGAAUAAUAAUAAGAUCGGGGUCCUCUUCUAAUUGUUGCAGCAGCUGGAGUUUAGGCACCAGCAGACUCAAUACCAUCCCCCAUAGCCCUGCCACCAUAUAUGUGUAUUCGGAACAUUAAGGUUCUUGAUCUUGAUGCUAAAAAAGCUCUCUUGAUAAUGGAUGAUCCAACGAUCCAAGCUUUAUAAUAGCCUAAAUAUAAACAAAAACCAAAUGCAUGUUAGACAACUGAAUGCUUAUCGAAUGUAUGAACAAUAUGCAUUAGAAAGCCAACGACCUGAAUUUUGAAUAACUUCCUUUGUUGCCCCCUGAUGAGCGAGAGUAGUUGCUGCCCCAAUCCGAAAUGAGUGAGAGUUAAAACUUCUACUAUCUAUGUCAGAUAUAUUUAAUGAUUUAUUUAACACUGAACUAAACUGAUAACGCGUCAGAGGUUUUCCCGAGAAAUGACAAAAUAGAGGCCCCGACAUAGGUGGACGCACUUGUAAGUACUCCUGCAUGGCCCCAACAGGACACAUAGCCCCAUGUGAUGCUUGCACACAUAAUGCCACCCUUUUGCCCAUUUGAUCUGUUUUUGAAUGUUUUAUGUUAAUUGUGAAUUUACUGGGACUUAAUGAACCAUCCUGUAGUUGUAGUAUAGUUUUGACUGUAUUGCCUUUUGACAAGGCAAUUUCACCAAUUCGUAGCAAUGCAUGAAAUGCGCACAAGAACGCUGCCUUAUACAGGGCUGCUUCAUACGCACUGCUACAAACUAUUUGAAGUUUUGGAAUUAUGAUAAACAAGACAUCCAAUGUAAUUGGUAAUCGACUAUCAACCCCCGGAUCUGAUCUUUUCAUGCCUUGCAAGAGCUUUUGUACCACAAAGGUUUUAGUUGGGUCAUGUAAGCCCUUAAGUUUGCAAUAAAAGCUAAUUGCUGAAAUAUAUGACUUUGCUGUUGAGUGCUUGUAGCCUCUUAUUGAUAGUUGGGCAAUGAACAUAUUUAUGUGUGUCUCUGGUGGAGGCCAGAUAAUUAACCAUCCUUUUGUCCUUUGGUCGAAGGCUUGGAUCCCCAUUCUGUAUGCUUGUACGGUAUUAACUGACAUAGAUGCGUUGAAUAAUCGAUCUACCUCAUCUGAGAGAGUAAGAUCAGGAAUGGCUCUGGAAUAGCCUGCGGCUCCGUGUCCGCUGCUGGUGCAAGGCGCCUGAAAACCUCCCACUUUUUGCGGGAUAUUGCAUCAGCAAUACUAUUACCUUUGCCUGGUAUAUGAUUGGCUUUAAACUGAAUAUUGUAUCGUAAUAAUGCUAACAUGACUUGCCUUAUUAAUGACAUUACUCUCCCUGACUUAGAUGAUUGCUUAUUCAAUAUAUGAACUAAAGCUAAAUUGUCUAUGAAUUUUUUUUUUUUUUGUAAUUUAAUCCCCCACACCACCACAGAUAACACAAUAGGUAUCAAUUCUAAAACAGUAAUAUCCCUCAAAAUUGCUGUAUUAGCCCAAUCAGUUGGCCAUUGUAAAAAGAUCCAUUCACCCUUAAAAUAGCACCCACAGCCUAACUCUGCUGACCCAGCGCCGUCUGUGAAAAGUUGGAGUGUAUCAGAAGAACUCCACUGACUGUCUGGGAAAUACACCAACCCAUUAAUUUUUUGUAUAAAUACAAGCCAAGUUCUCAAGUCUUCCCUCAUAGGCCUAGUUAUUCUUAUGUGUAAAAAUGGGUUAUCUAGCCCUAUCAUGGCAUUGUAAAACCGCCUGUUAAAGGCUCUGCUGCCUGGUAUUGCUUUGCUGAAAAAAUUUAACUUGCCCACUAAAGCUUGGAGUUCCGAUAACUUUAUUUUUUCUUUGCCCACCCAGAAUUGUAGAAGUUGGGCAAGUUCAGUAACUGUAUCAUGGGGGAUUCUAAUUUGCAUAUGAAUUGUGUCAAUUAGCAGCCCAAGGAAUGCUAGGCAAGUAGUGGGUGCUACUGUUUUGUCCUGGUUAAGAGGAAACCCAAUACCAACACAUACUUACUGGAAGGUUUGCAUAAGUAUUUUGCAUUGAUCUGUGUUUGCACUACCAAUGAGAAUGAAAUCAUCCAAAUAAUGAUGAAUAGUUUGCACACCCGUUUUAUCCCUAACCACCCAUUCUAAGAAUGUUGAGAAUGUUUCAAAUAUUUCACAAGAAAUAGCACAUCCAAAAGGCAAACAUUUGUCAUAAUAGUAAUUUCCCUUAACGCACAAUCCCAGUAACUCGAAA